CAGGAAAAAGAAGAAUCCCAUAGAUUUGCUACUACAGCCGCCGUGCAAGCUUUUGAGGGUUUUCAAUUUAUUUUUCAUCUUCUUUCGUUUUAUAUAUCAAAAUUAGAGGCUGCCCAAUUAGGGAAUGCAGAGAGAUGAAACCAGCUCCGCUUGGUAGAGGCGGGAGGGCUCAAAGACCAUCCACUGGCGGCCGGAAUUGCCACCGGAAACACGUUGAAGACGGGUGAACCUCUGCCGCCACCACCCGAAAUUCUUACCAGCUUUCAUCUAAUUCUAUUUCUCUAAACGUACAAAGUUCGUUCUUUUCUUUUUCAAUUAUGACGACGAGAUCCGACGAGAAAAGUGCCGUGUUGCAUGGUAAGUAUGAAUUAGGCCGAAUUUUGGGCCAUGGCACGUUUGCGAAAGUGUACCAUGCUAGGAAUCUGCAGACGGGCAAGAGCGUGGCUAUGAAAGUGGUGGGCAAGGAGAAGGUGAUUCGUGUAGGGAUGAUGGAUCAAGUGAAGCGUGAAAUCUCUGUGAUGAAGAUGAUGAAGCACCCAAAUAUCGUUGAACUUCACGAGGUAAUGGCAAGCAAGUCCAAAAUUUAUUUUGCCUUGGAAUUAGUACGUGGUGGCGAGUUGUUUGCUAAAAUUGCUAAGGGUCGCUUGCGCGAAGAUGUAGCCAGGAAUUAUUUCCAGCAAUUAAUUUCGGCAAUUGAUUUUUGCCAUAGCCGUGGUGUAUAUCACCGGGAUCUGAAGCCGGAAAAUCUAUUGCUGGAUGAAGAAGGUAAUCUCAAGGUAACAGAUUUUGGGCUGACUGCAUUUUCAGACCAUCUUAGACAAGAUGGCUUGUUGCACACCACGUGUGGGACGCCAGCAUAUGUUGCGCCGGAGGUGAUCGGGAAAAAGGGUUAUGAUGGGGCAACGGCGGAUAUUUGGUCAUGUGGGGUGGUUCUUUUUGUGUUGUUAGCUGGAUAUCUGCCAUUCCAAGAGGAUAACCUAAUGGAUAUGUAUAAGAAAAUUUACAGGGGUGAUUUCAAGUGUGCGCCUUGGUUCUCAUCCGAGGCACGAAGAUUGAUCACCAAGAUGUUGGAUCCGAAUCCAGGUACGAGGAUAACGAUAGCUAAAAUCAUGGAGUCGUCCUGGUUCAAAAAAUCGAUGCCAAAGAUUUUGAUGACUAAAGAAGAGCAGGAAUUUGCGAUUGAAGAUGAAGUGAAUAUUGGGAAGAAAAAGGAGGCUGAGACUUUGAAUGCUUUCCAUAUCAUUUCAUUGUCUGAAGGUUUCGAUUUGUCACCUCUUUUUGAGGAGAAGAGGGUGGAGAAAGAGGAGUUGAGAUUUGCAACCACUCUGCCGGCAAGUAGUGUGAUUACCAAGUUCGAAGAGGUGGCAAAAACCUGGAAUUUUAGCGUGAAGAAGAACGAUUCAAGUGUCCGAUUGCAGGGUCAAGAAAGUGGAAGAAAGGGGAAGCUUGGAAUAACUGCAGAUAUAUUUGCUGUGACACCUUCGUUAUUGGUAGUGGAGGUGAAGAAAUCUAGUGGUGAUACUUUGGAGUACAAUCAAUUCUGCAGUAAAGAGUUGAGACCUGCACUUGAAGACAUAGGUUGGACAUCGGCCACUGGGAAUUCACUGCUUGCUUGAAGUGUCCUACAAGUUCCUCCAAUAAAUCCCAGGUGGGAUUUAAGGAUUCAUGUCUUGGAUGUUCGAUUAUUGUUGUUUCGGAUGUUUCUUUUAGGAAUGUUAAGAUUGAGACUUACAUAAGUCUCUGAAUUGAAUUAUUUAAAUUCUGGUGUGUUAUUUCUCUUUGGUUGAAUCCUCUGUUUCAGAAUGUGUGUUCAUAUGUUUCUGUGGGUAUGUAUCUUCUCUUUGAAAGCAACUUUGUAAUUUUUACUUCAAGUGGUUGAUUGGCUUUUAUGUGUAAAUGGGGCCAUUUUAUAAUUCUUUAUUGAAUUAUUGAUACUAUAUAA